AGUUUUUUUUUUUUUUUCCUUCUUUUUUCUUACCCCACAUUAAUUAGUCCAUGAACCAACCUCCUGAGCUCGGUCAAUUCAACAACCAAUUGAAGUUUCCGUUUGCUAUACCUUCCAUUACAAUGGAAGGUGGCACUAAAUACCCUCCUUUCUUUGACGCUUGCAUAGCAGGUGGCAUUGGUGGAUCAGCAGCCGAUUUUAUGAUGCACAGUGUGGAUACAGUGAAAACACGAUUACAAGGUCAACCACACAGUCGAAUCGAGAAAUAUACGAGUAUGGUACAAGCUUAUAAAUUAAUAUUUAAACAAGAGGGUGCCGUGAGGGGAUUAUAUGCUGGUGUGUCCCCGGCCAUGAUUGGAUCAAUCCCUGGUACAACUCUUUAUUUCGCGGUAUAUGAAUUGACGAAAAGAACCUUGACAGAAUCAAAUGUACCGGAAGUUGUAUCUCAUUUGACAGCUGGUUCUUUAGGUGAUUUAGCAGCUUCCUUCAUUUAUGUCCCAUCUGAAGUCCUAAAGACUAGACUUCAACUACAAGGUAGAUACAAUAAUCCACACUUCGCUAGUGGAUACAACUAUAGAAACACAUGGCAGGCAACAAAAAUGAUUGUCAAAUACGAUGGUUAUGGUGCAUUAUUUCAUGGUUUUAGAGCAACAAUUUUACGAGAUGUGCCUUAUUCAGCCAUUCAAUUUGCUUGUUAUGAACAAUUUAAAAAAAUUGCGCAAAAUAGAUUCAAGGGAGAGAAUAUCCCGAUUGGUAUCGAUGUGGUUACAGGUUCAUUAGCUGGUGCCAUUGCAGGUGCAGUUACUACACCACUCGAUGUGAUGAAGACUUUAUUACAAACACAACAGACAGUAAAAAACAAGGCUGUGGCGGUCACUGGUACACCUGGAUUUGAAGCACCUGUGAAACAUUACAGUGGUAUUAUGGAUGGCAUGAUGUGGAAUUAUCGAAAUCAAGGCAUGGCAGGAUUAUUUCGAGGUAUCGGUCCCAGAGUAUUUUGGACCAGUCUUCAAAGUGCCAUCAUGUUUGUCAUCUAUGAACAAGUGUUACAAUUUCAAGCUGGAUUAAGGGAAAAGGGUGAAUGGCCGCCUGCAGGAUUUGUAUAGAGAAAAAAAAAGCAUCAUUCAUACCUAGAACAUAAGAGAAACCUACUUCCUUUCUCUUUUUUUGUAUCAUAAAUAAAAAAUAAAAUUAGAAUACAUAUUAUAUACAUACA